CUGCUGACUGGCGUGAAAUGGCAUUUGCAUUUUGAUCGAGAUUCUCCUUCUCAGUUCUUCGGACUGAGAAUCGUCUGCCGAAGCAGCAGACCUAGUUAGCUUGCUUGGCCUUGCUGCUCCUUAGAUUGAAGCAGCUUAUCAGUAUCGGUUUGAAGCCCUUCCGUUGAUAGUAGCGGUUAAAUUCAUGCUUUUAGUAUGUUCUCAUAUCCGUCUUGUACCGCUCGUUGAGCUCAAUUCUGACUAGAUCCACCUGCAGCGUGACUAGAUCUCGCAAUUUAAUAUUCCCCGCGAUAGUAGACGAUCAUUUGAAGGAACCAGAAUAUUUUGAAGAAUCUAUAUCAUGGAUUCUUAUGUCCAUCCGAACAAUAGCUGGCUGCCGCCUGACGUGGCAGCACAGGCGGAGCGAGAGGAGCCUCGGAGAUUCCACGCGGUCGUUGAGGAGGUUCAGGCCGCGUGGAAGCGCGGGAAGGAGCAAGGCCAUGGCGGAGAGACGCUGAAAUGGGUCUCCGUCGUUAAUAGUUUCGUGGCGUCUAAGACUCGUCUGGAGAUUGCUGACCUGCAGCUCGUGUCAGAGACAGCCCUCGAUAUAAUCACAUCCUACCGUGGCCCAAGAGAUCUCUUCACACAGAUCCGCUGGUCGCAGUGCGUCUCUCGCAUCCUCCGCAAGCACCGCUCCUCGCUCUCCCUCUCCAUCCCCUGGCAGCCGCUCUACUCCAUCCUCGUUAUACACCUCCCCUCCGCUCCAGGAUCCACCCCCCUGCGUGGCUACGUGGGCGCGGCGCUGCUUCAGAUCCACAUCAACGCCAUCACAGAGCUCAUCCGACGGUCCAGGAGGUUCUUCCCCCCUGGCUCUGCUGCUGACAUCUGGGCCUUCCUCAGGCCACAGUUUGCUGACGUCAGCAGUAAUGAUGCUCUGGAGGCCGCGGCUCUGCUGAAUCUGUUCCUGCCAACCACGUGCCGCCACCUGGAACCAUACGAGGAAGAUGCUUCAUCUCAAUGGAGUGUGUGGGUGCCGGAGUGGCUGUCGCUGUGGUUCUCAAUUCCGCACUGCACUUUCUGGGACGCUCAGUGGCUCUCUAUCCUCUCGCGCUUAGCUAAGCACCAGCAGUUACGCCACCAGCAUCAAACCACAUCCUCCUCCCCACCUCCUCCCCCCUCACCUUCCCUUCCCUCCUCCUCCUCUCCCUCCCCCAAUCCCCUCUCUCUCUGGGCUCCCCACCUCCCCUUCCUUCUCCAGAAAAUCCUCGACUCUUUCUCUCUCCCGAUCGGCCAAUCCCCGUCCGCCACAUCAGCGCAACUCGAACGCCCAGUCUCCCCAGCGUGCGCUCGCGUCUUCCUAUCGCUGCUUGACAGGUGGCAGCAGCGCAGAGCCCCGUUCCAGCAGCAGGUGGUUCGGGCCGUAGCUGGCGCCAAGUUGGCUGUCUGGCUGCUGGCGAACCCUGAACCUGCUGCCGCUGGCUCGGAUGCUGAACCUGUUUCCGUAGGUUCGGAUGGGGUAGCAGAGAAGCAAGGAGGAGAGGCGUCGGUGCUGCGGAUGUUUGAUAAGCUAUCGAACGAUCUGGAGCAGUUCUUUCACCCAUCCAACGGUGGAGAAUGGACGGGGCUGCUGGAGAAGAUGCUGCACUCGGCUACCUACCACCUCAUGAAGAGGAUCGCUGCUGAGAAGAAGAUUCACGGCGACAGGUACCUCUCAGGUCCCGCUUCUGCUCUUUCCCGCGCCACCACCUCUGCUUUCAUCCGCCUGCUCCUCCGCCUCAUCCACAACCGUGCGCUCUUCAGCAAGAGCCCCAACCUCUCCGCGGUCGCCUCCCGCGUUGCUGCCUCUCUGUCCUACCUGGCUCCACGUGUCACUCUGCCAGUGGUCCUGGAGAGCUUCCAGGGGGCGUUGACCACUGUCACGGCCACCCACCAGCUGGAGUCAGCCCUCUCCACUCUCGCCCUCUCCGUCCGCCCACUGCUUCUUGCUGCUGGCCAAACCACCCAAGCUGAUGAUCCGUCUACCACAGCUCGAACCGCCGCACCUUACUCCAUGGAGGUGGAUGGCGCAGGAGGGGAGGGAGCAGGGGAGGGGUCUGGGGAGGGGAUGGACACGUGGCAGGAGAUGAUUGGGCGGGCGAGGGAGGUGGUAUCUGAGGCGAUGGUGGCGACUCUCCCCGGCAUUGACGCCAAUGACCCGCCCAAGACGCUUGCUACUCUGCACCUCUACCUCUCCGUCUUCUCCUCAAUUGGGCCAAUAGGGGACGACUCAAGCCCCUUUUCGCUCUCCAUUGAUUGGUCCACGUGGCUAGAGGAUUUCCUCUCCCGCCUCUUCUCCCUCUUCUCCCAUCUGGAGAGUGCCGCCCCUACUGCCACUGUCGCCACUGCCGCUGCUGCAAACGAGAGGUCCUUUCUCAUGAAGGAGGCGGAGGGCUCUACCUUCCGCUCCACCGUCAGCCUUCUCUUCGCCCGGCUCUCUCCUCCUCUUCUCAAUCAGGUUAUUUCAAGGGUGGAGCGCUAUGUGUCGAGCACUGUGGUGCGCGGGUGCGAGGAGGAGAUCGGCACAGUGGUGGCAGCGCUGGCGUAUGCUGCCCCGGAGGCCACCUGCAAUCGGAUCCUUGCUGGGGUCAUGGACUCUGCGCUCUCUCUCCUCCAAUCGCUGCCUGCCACGUCAUUCCUGGCGCUUGCCGAGUCUCCUGCUGCUGCUGCUGCUGCUGAAGGGGAAGCAUUGAAACUGCCAGCCAAUCAGCUGUCGACAACUCAGGAGGCGACUGUGCUCUUCCACAUGCAUCUGGCCAGCAACGCCGUCCCCUUUAGUGGCUCCGCUUUGAUUGCACAUAAGGACCGCCUCACUGCGCUUAUCAAUGCUGCCUUCUCAUCCACCUCUCAGAAGGUGGUUGAUGCAGCUGCAGAUUUGCUCCAGAAGUUCCUCUUCGCUCUCAUCUUCUUCUACCCACUCAAUGAGUACACCUUCUUGGGCUGGGAAGAAUCAGCUGCAGGGGUGGAGCGAUGGGUUUCAAAGCAAGCAGCAGCAGCAACAACACAAGGGACUGCAGGGCCUCUCCAGUGGCACGUGCCAUCGGCAGAAGAGACAGCGCUUGCCACCCAGCUCAUUGACAAUUAUCUGGGUGGCGCGUUGAGGGACUUGCGGUGGCUGCUGACUAGGCCUGCCACGUCUGCAUCCUCCAGCUCAGCAGCGACCGGAGCCAAGCUCGCCUGGCGGGUGGCCCUUCGCAGGCUCUGGGCCGUCUUCUCCGGCACCCGAACCAACCUCCCAGACCUGACCACCAGGUUCGGCAGCCAAGCCUCUGGCCUAGCAAGCGACACCACCGGACCAGACACCCCAUUAGCAGUGGUGGGGCGGUCGGGCGUGAGUGUAGGCGAUGUGGCUGUGCGGGAGGAAGCUGCUGGAGUGCUUCACGAGGCUUGCGUGUGGCUGGUGAGGCAGCAGAGGGAUGACACGCAGACGCUGGCGCUGCUGGCAGAAGUGGAAGGGCUGCUGCUGAACCCAGGCACUCUUGAGUACUCGGACUCACUGCAUGGGCUGAGGGUGGUGAAGCAGCAGGCGGGGCUGCUGUCAGAGCCCAAGGGGUCGCCGUGGAUGAAGGCUGGAGAGACACGGAGGAGGCCGCCCUGGGUGCUUGCAGAGCUGGCAUACGAGCAUCUCCUCUGGAGGGCCUCUCAGGCGCACUUCAAGACAAUCUACGCUGGCCAGCGCCGCCCGCCGCCCCUUUCUCGGGCGGUGAAGAUCGUUCUGGGGGAUCUGCUGCUGCUUUCGGUGCACCGCUAUGCGUCUGUGCAGGGUGUGGCCCGAGCCAGCCUGGAGCUCAUUCUCAAGCGCUUCCCGCCAGCUGUCGGCACGGCAUUGGCCCAGCUGGCGCCGUGCGUUGCUGGGGAGGCAGGGGCGGUCACACGGCUGAGAAGGAUGGGGGAGGGGAGUGACAGUAAUGGUGAUAAAGAGAAUGGAAACGAGGGGGAUAUGGAGGAGAAGGAGGACAGGGAGGAGGCGGCAGUGGGGGCGUGUCAGGUGUUCAUGAGCCGGCCAAUAAUGCGCAAGAUUGCUCAGGACUGGCGGUCUCUGGCUCCCUUCCUCUCCGCACUCCUUGCCUCUCAAGCCAUCGAUUCCCUCAAGGCUCAAAACUCCAUCACUCAGGUGUUCAUCGCAUUUGUGUCGCGCUUUGCCGGAGUGAACCCCAUUCGGCCCCGGGGGUGGGGGGCACCUGGCAUGGAGCAGGAGCAGGCUGGAUCCGAGGAGAAUGGGUGGGAGUUGAGCGGCGCUAACAAUGGGGCUGGUGGGGACAUCACCACUCAGGCACAGGGGGCGCUUACUCUCCUCUGGACCAUGGCUGGUGCUCCUGGCACUGCUGCUGCUUCUCCUGCUGGUUCUGGUGCUACUGCUGGUGGUUUUCCAGUGGUGGAUGGUGCGUCCACUGCUGCAGCAGCCAUCUCUGCUGUUGCUGCGGCGGCGGCAGGGGUUGGUGCUGUUAGCGGCCAAGCAAGUGCCAGCAGCCAGGCAGUGGCAGCGUCAGCAGCCGUGGCUGCUGCAGCCACCCACUGGAGGUACACUCUUAUGGCUAAUGCCCUGCUCGCCCUCCUCUCCUCCUCCCUCCCCUCCGCCUCUCCUCCCCUCCCACCAUCACAUCCUGCUUCUCCUCCUCGACCUUCGUCUGUCGUCUCUUCCUCUCUCCCCCAGCUUCAGCCAUCAUACCUGCCUCCUCACUACCUCAGCCUGAUUGCAGGUCCUCUCCCUCUCCUGCGUCCUCUUGCCACCUCCGCCCUCCUCCUCCUCCUUCCUCCCUCCCUCCAAUCCCCUCCUCUCUCUCCGGUUCUCCAGUCUCUCACUCUUUCCUCCCCUCCCCCAUCCUCCUCCCUUCCUACCUCCACUUCCCCCCCUCUCUCUUCCUCACUCACUCCCUCUCCUCCCCUCCCCCUCGCACUCCUCACCUCGCCCUCCUUUCUCUCCUCCCUCACCCUUCAUCUCUCACUAGACCACUCAACGGGUGACCUCCCAUCAAGCAUAGGCGGAGGGGGCAGGGGAAGGGGCGGCGGGUUAGGGGGUCUAUUCGGCGGAGGGGGAGGGGGGAAAGGGGCGGGUGGGGGCGACAACCCCGGAGCUACAGUAUCCGCACUGUUCACCGCCGGGCUUGCAGCGUCGUCCACGUCAGCGCUGCUGUCGGAUUGGCCGAGGAGUAAGUUGCGGGGGCUGGUGCCAUCGAGCCCGCAGGUGUCGUCCUUUGUGGUGGGCAAUGCGAUGCUCUUUGAGCUGCUCGUGCACGCAGCUGCUGCUGCAGCUGGCGCUGCUGCUGCUGCUGCUGCUGCUGCUCCUGGCGCUGCUGCUGCUGCUGCUGCUGAGGCUGAUGAUGCUACGGCAUCUGCCAACACAGCGGUGACAGCCUUCCUGCACGCACUCUAUCCGUCCCUGAAGGACCUAGUUUCCAAGGAGACGGAUAGGGGUGCACAGAGCGCAGCAGCUGAGAUCAUAGCCGGCAUCCUAGCCUCUGCCCACCCGGCAGUCCUACAUGCCUGGCAGGUCAAGGCAGAGGCCAAGGCAGAGGGCAGGCCAGAGGGAGAGGCGGCUCUCUUGUCUGGCGAUUCCUCCGCCAAUUCUCCUCCUCCCCCCGGCUGGUUGGCUCGUCUGUUCCAUCAAGCCCUUCUGCACUGCUCUGUGGAGUCCCAACCAGAUUGGGCCACAUGCGUGCGGUACGCUCUCACUAGGAGACAGGCUGUCAGAAGGAAGGAUUCUGAAUCUGGGGAAGCAGAGGGGGGAGGGGAUGUGGGAGGAGAAGGAAGCGAGGAGGGAGGAGGGGAAGUGAGGGCCAGGAUUCAGCAGCUCGUGCGGGAGAAGCUUCUGGAGAAGCUUCCUGGGAAUGCGGCCUCGGGUCAGCAGGCUAAACGGCUGACGUUGCUGGUGGUGGCGAUAGGGGAAAUGGGGCAAGGGAGGGAGAUGGAUCAAAGGAGAGGAGGGGAAUGGGAAGGAGGAGAGAAGGGGACUGCAGAGGAGGAAGAGAGAUUUCUUGAUAGGUUGGUAGAAGAGGUGAAUGUGCUGAUGGCACACAGUGCGAGACAGGUUCGGCAGCUUUUGGGGGAGGUGUUAUCCGCGCUUCUGGCUGCGCUCAACUCUAGAUCCUCCCUCUCUUCAACUGUUGCUGCCAGCCUGUCGAAUCAUAUCCUGGCAGAAGCUGCCAAGGCUGUUACAGUGAUCAAAUCCAUGGGGAGUGGCAGUGACCAGCAGAAACAGACAAAGGAGGGGGAGAAAGAGGAGCAGGUGCAUGAGGAGGAGAAGGGAGGGAUGGAGGUGGAGGAGGGGGGUGGUGAGGGGAGCAGUGCAGCGGGAAGGGAGGGGACUGAGGAGGACAGAUGCAUUUGGACGAUGGAAUCUAUCCUCUUUUUCGUGAUGUCUGCUGUCAAGUCUGGCGAUGCGCCUCCGUUCCUCCCAACCAUCGUCGCUCUGCUGCCCGCUCUCCUCUCCAUCCAGGAAACCCCCAACACGGAUCUCUCUCUCCUGGCCAAGCAAUGCCUUGCCUACACCAAGUACCUUCCCCUCCCUGCAUCCGCCGUACCAUCAGCAGCAGCAGCGGUGCUGGCAGCAACAGACUCGGGUAACUGGAAGGAGCGGGCCGCUGCGCUCUCCUUCUGCCAGUCAUUCGUCUUCCGAAAUGGCUUCCUUCUUCCUGCCACCGACCUCGCUGCUCUCCGACAAGCUGUCGUCGCCUGCCUGCAAGACCCACAGCCGGAGGUCCGUGACAUGGCGUCUGCCACGCUGGCAGGCCUGCUCAAGGCAGCUCCUCAAGGUGACACGUGGCCAUCUGCCAUUCGCCAGAGCUUCAUCCAAUCAGCUGCAUCCACGCUCAAGGCCUCCAGAGCCGCCCGCAGACGAGCCAAUCAGGGAAGGCCGGUGGAUGCUGACUCAGCAGCCAAGGCGGCAGCACGGACGGUCAAGAUGCACGGAUCGGCGCUGGGGCUCGCGGCUGCCGUGCGAUCUGCACCGUAUGAUAUUCCCACGUGGUUACCAGAGCUGCUGCUAGCGCUUGCCAACCUGGCAGGAGAGCCGCCCCCAGUUGGCCCGGCAGUGGGGAAGGCGCUUGGGGAUUUCAAGCGCACGCACGCCGACAGCUGGCACAUCCACAAAGAGGCGUUCACGAGCGAACAACUAGAGGUUAUCAAUGAUUUGUCGUCAACAGUGGGGUACUUCGUGUGAUGGAGGAUCAAUGCAGUGGGGUGUUGUCUGUAACAGGAGCCAGCCAAUACAGUGGGGUACUUUGUGUGAAGCAGACAAAUGCAGUGGAGUGCUCAAUAGUAGGGUACUUUGCCUGAUUGCUUCCGUUGCGUGAACGUAUUUUGUGAUAAAAUCAUCUGUAAACCGUUUCUAUUGGAGUGUACCAAUAGAAGCUGCAUAAAUAGAUGGUAGACUCCGAUUUUCGUGGUUGCCACAAAGCGUAGUGGAGCAAGGGCUCUUUCAUGAACAGGUGGAACAUGGUAUUCCUUGGCAGCCAGUAGGGAGACGGCUAUGAGGCAGCCCAAAAAACGGCUAUUCCCAAUAAGCCUUCUUGAUGUGGGUGCGCAUGAGCUGGUGGUGGCCGUUAGGCAUGUAGAGAGACGGUUGUGAAAUACCUGAA